GGGGCUGGGGGCGUGGUCAGAGGGCGGGGCGGCGCGGGGGGCUCCGCCAUGUCGUUCUGCUCCUUCCUGGGGGGGGAGGCGUUCCGCGACCACUUCGAGCCGGGCAUCUACGCGUGCUCCCGCUGCGGCUACGAGCUGUUCUCCAGCCGCGCCAAGUACGAGCACUCCUCGCCCUGGCCGGCCUUCACCGAGACCAUCCACGAGGACAGCGUGGCCAAGCGCAAGGAGCGCCCGGGGGCCUUCAAGGUGUCCUGCGGCAGGUGCGGCAACGGGCUGGGCCACGAGUUCCUCAAUGACGGGCCCAAGAGGGGGCAGUCCCGCUUCUGAAUUUUCAGCAGCUCGCUGAAAUUUAUCCCGAAAGGCAAAGCAGACAAGGACCCGAAGGAGAAGUAAGCGAGCUGCUGUACACGACAUGCUGCUGGGGGCUGAUCCUGUGUUCACAUCUUGGGGUGCACUGGGAGCAAGAGACCCCCUGGCAGAGCUCCUGGUUCCCCCGGGCCGGCUCCAUGCUCUGAGACGUUCCCAUUCUGGGUGCUGGGAGGGAGCUGGGAGGGGAGGGGGGGCUGUGGCUGCAUGGCACUUGCUGGGGGCCGGGUUGUAUGACCCGUGCCUGAGGUUAUUUUGCACAGAUUGAGCUGAAGGCUGCAGCUCUUCAUUUUACCUUCCCUUUGCCCCGACCAUCUCUUCCCCCAGACAUCCCUGCCUCUGCCAGCAGCUGCUGCUGAGUCCUUUCUGCUUUGCCCACUGCAGCAGCACGCGUGCCUGCGGCCCUGCCUCCGCUGGGCUCUGGGGCAGUUCUGCUGGUGACUAGCAGAGCCGGGGCUGCCUCAGCACCGUGGCCAAGACUCUGCCCUGCCACCGAUGCCACCCAGAGCUGCCCCGCUGACAUCUCGGGGGGGGGGCGGCGCUGGAUUAGCGGGGAGCAGAGCAUGGGUUAAUCUCUGGUGCUAUUCUGGGCUGGGAUCAUGGUAUGAAUUGCCCUCUGUAAACCCUUCCAGGAUGCUGGGGCAAGGAUGUUCUUAUGACCCUGCUGGACAACACCCAGGUGUUUUACCCCUCCACACGCCUUGCAGGCAGCAGAGGCGGUUCUGCAUUUACUGCGUCCUCUGGGCCUGGCUCUGGCUCUGCCUCGCAGCAGACCUGUUAUUACUGUGUUGUGACCCUUGUGGUGUUAACGGUUCCUCCUUGCUUUACGCUGCCGUGAGGGAGGCCAGAACCAGGCUCACCGACUGCACCUUGCACAACUCAGGCUUUAGGAGUCACGUUUGCGUUCUCUCUGCACUCAAAAGGGCUCUGACACUGAUUUCUCCUUAAUUCAGGGUCUGAUUCGUGGCCUUCCCUCGCUGUCCCACUUUGCUCGCUGCCCAGAAACCAAAUCCUCCUCUUUGAAAUCAGUACAGCAGGGUUUCUGGGCACAGCAAACCUUUGACCCGUGGGUCUGGUGGUGUAACUGGUGCAGCACGUGAGCGGGGUGGUACAGCCACGCCACAGCGUUACGGUUCGGCUGCACUCAAGGCACUUUGGGGGCUUUUCUCCACGUGCUUUUUGCCUCCUCAGGCCUCCUGGGCUAGAGGGAACCGCACCGGCCACAAAUGCAAUGUACCAGCUCGUUCCCUAGAGCUCACUGCUCAUCUUGUACCUCUUCGAACACUGAAAAUAAAC